GAAGAACUGAGCUGGCGCCGCUGUAGCGAAAGCGCUUUGUUGCCUGCACCGCCAGUGCCUCCAAGCAAAAAAUUCUUCAUUGGCGAAAAGCUCCCCUGUCGCUUUCGACACAAGCCGUUUAGACCCCAGCAACAACCAAGGGCGGAUUUUCAACACACAUAAUGAGCUUUUCCAAAUCAAAUUUGCCACCAACGUUGCCAGUGGCAAUAAAAAAGGAGAGGGAGGACCCUUCCUCUCUAUCCGGCUCCAUGUCAAUUCCCGGCAGCAGUAGCAGCAUCCCGCGCAAAGACUCCAUUGGCUGGGGCGCCGACGAUUUCUUGGGCAUGAUCUCACACACGCCGCCAGCGUUUUCUCCGGGCAGUUUGACAAUGCCCAUGACUAAAAGAGGUCGCAGUGGCAGCAUUUCCAGUCGACUUCUUAGCGCCUCAGACUUGGAAGAGCGCGGGUACAUUGACAGAUACCAGAAAGGGGUGCUAAAGGAUCUUAUUAUCAGUGGCGAUGAGGCAUUGCAAAAAGCGUUGGAAAAGUUUGACGCGGGCGACCCAACCACACUCGAAGCCAUGUUAGACAGUGGAGCACUGAACCGAAAGUCGUCGUCGAUUGAUCUUCUCGACGAUUUGGAUUUGGGUUUCCUCAACGUUGGUUCCCUGGGCGACACUCCGAAAGAUGAGUUCCAAUCAGGCGGACGGAAUCAGUCGCUGGACGAAUGGGAUGAACUUGGGUUCGAUUCUUCUUUUGCGGACGUGUCGGCGCGGGAUAUUCUAGACGGGGAGUUUUAUAGCUCUUCGCUGGGUGCAUCGUUGCCCAAUUCGUUGCCUUCCAUGGGUUUGGGUAUCACGCCACCCGCAGGUUUCAGUUUUGCCGAAGACUUUUUGGAAAAUCAGGUGAAAACCGAGCCAGGAAUCAAAAGUGAAGGCAAAAAUGACACAGGUAGCAAAACUAGUACUGGCGCCACUAGCGCCUCAACUAGCUCCUCUGCAGCAUCGAGUUUGUCGACGUCUCGACCCAUUGGCAUUCCUGGCUCUGCUGGCGCUGCCCGCCCUUUUAUGGGCGUCGACAAGGGCAAAGAUGGCCAGAAGCAAAACUUCGUGGGCGCCUACUCCCCUGACUCUAGACGGAAGCGUAUUGAGAAAUUCCUCGACAAGAGACAGAAACGCGUAUGGCGAAAAGAGGUCAAAUACGACGUGCGCAAGAAUUUUGCCGACUCGCGACUGCGAGUGAAGGGUCGCUUCGUGAAAAAGGAGGAUGAGCAGUUGCUGCGUGAGCUGCUGAGCUUCACUUAA